AUUAAGGAGGCUGUGCCGCCGGGUUGCACGAAGCGUCCAAGUCAUUUCUCAAAACCUCUGAUAGGUGGACCUUAGAGGCAGCGUCGCCGAGCACUGCAAGAAUCGGAAACGCAUCCCUGUCUGUCUGCUUGGGAGAGACACAGAAAUUGGCGUUUCUCCAAGUGAAGCUGAGAAGGCUGUCAAUCAGCCAAGGGAGCCUCAAAGUCCUCUUCCUGCGUGAGGAAGAGGUGGCGGCUGGAAGGAGGAAAACACCACCAGGGAAGAUGGCUUCUGGUGUGGGCCCUGCCUAGCAGCAGCUGCAACCACAAGCCAAACUGGCAGGAUGUGCCUCUAGACACCAUGGACGGGGCCCAGGGUGCAGCCCUGCAGCUGCAGCAGCUCCCGCCCACGAGCAGCGCCGACCCUGCCAGCGAGGCUUCCUUCUCCUACAAGGAGAACUUGAUUGGCGCCCUCUUGGCGAUUUUUGGGCACCUUGUGGUCAGCAUUGCACUUAACCUCCAGAAGUACUGCCACAUCCGCCUGGCAGGUUCCAAGGACCCCCGGGCCUAUUUCAAGACGAAGACAUGGUGGCUGGGCCUGUUCCUGAUGCUGCUGGGUGAGCUGGGCGUGUUUGCCUCCUACGCCUUUGCUCCCCUCUCACUGAUCGUACCCCUUGGCGCAGUCUCCGUGAUAGCUAGCGCCAUCAUAGGAAUCAUAUUCAUCAAAGAAAAAUGGAAACCUAAAGACUUUCUGAGGCGCUACGUAUUGUCCUUUGUUGGCUGUGGAUUGACUGUUGUGGGUACCUACCUGCUGGUGACAUUUGCACCCAACAGUCAUGAGAAGAUGACAGGCGAGAACGUCACCAAGCACCUCGUGAGCUGGCCUUUCCUCUUGUACAUGCUCGUGGAGAUUGUCCUGUUCUGCUUGCUGCUGUACUUCUACAAGGAGAAGAACACCCACAACAUCGUCGUGAUUCUCCUCUUGGUGGCCUUGCUCGGCUCCAUGACAGUGGUGACGGUCAAGGCCGUGGCCGGGAUGCUUGUCUUGUCCAUUCAAGGGAAUCUGCAGCUCGACUACCCCAUCUUCUACGUGAUGUUCGUGUGCAUGGUGGCAACCGCCGUCUACCAAGCUGCGUUUUUAAGUCAAGCCUCACAGAUGUACGACUCCUCUUUGAUUGCCAGUGUGGGCUACAUUCUAUCCACAACUGUUGCUAUCACAGCAGGCGCAAUAUUUUACCUGGACUUUGUUGGGGAGGACGUGUUGCACAUCUGCAUGUUUGCGCUGGGGUGCCUCAUCGCAUUCUUGGGUGUCUUCUUAAUCACACGUAACAGGAAGAAGGCUAUUCCAUUUGAGCCCUACAUUUCCAUGGAUGCCAUGCCAGGUAUGCAAAACAUGCAUGACAAGGGGAUGACUGUCCAGCCUGACCUCAAAGCUUCUUUUUCCUACGGGGCCCUGGAAAACAACGACAGCAUUUCUGAGAUCUACGCUCCUGCCACACUGCCAGUCAUGCAAGAAGAACACAGCUCUAGAAGCGCCUCUGGAGUUCCCUACCGAGUCCUGGAACACACCAAGAAGGAAUGAGCCCACCUUGAGUGAGACUUGCCGUCCCUCGAUUUAUCACUGUUCAACAAGCCAGGCUGGCAGUGGCUUACCCUUAAUUCAAAAACUUGCCUUUCAAGUCUUAUUUUUUUUUAACUGAGAACUCUGUGGAUGGGGAUCUUGGAAAGCCUGUGUCUCUGGCAAAGGAUAGGUCAUCUUGGUCUUGGAAAUUUCAAAUGAUGAGGGUGAGGGUGGGGGAUGAAAACAGUAUUCCAGUUGGGCGGUAUGGAAUUCAGCCUCUGCCUGGGUGAACCCAGUGGGAUUUGCAAAGCCUUUUUACCAUCCUAGAGGGUGGUAAGCGAGCUUCCUCAGUCCAUGGCCAAAGGUCGCCAUACUCUUCAGAGCCAAAGCAAGGCAGAGAUUCCACUCUUACUUUUCAAUUCCAGUGAAAGGCUGGAGAUGUGUAAGUCUAGUCUUCCUGCCCCCAGUGCAUGCUCAUCUCUAGCCCUCCCACUCAUGAUUUUGUAUGUGUGAUAACAGCCGUGCCACCCUCACAUGGCACCGUGGGCCGACUCUGGGCAGGACACUCUUGUCAUUCGCCUGUUGGAAAUGUACAUCUGCCUUCUAGAAGAAGGGGGAGAAGGAGAGGAGCAAGGGCAAUGACUCUUCAGAAAGGAAGAAAAAUCCCUCUUAGUCUUACAAGAGGCGAUGACAGUUAUAAAAGGCUGGCCAGAAAGUCUGGCUGCUGUCUCUGCUCCUUUUUUUCCUGCACACCAGUGCCCUCUGGAAGGUUGGGGUGCUCAUUUCAGAGACCGCCCCACACCCCUCUCCUCCAUACUCUGCAGAUCCACAGGCCAAGCUGGAGGUGUUGGUUACUUUCCUCAGAGUCCAUAGAGACUCUUUGGGUCCUCAUUCCCAUGUACGUAUGUCUGGGAGAAGCAAAUACCCUCAAAAAUGGGGUUGUUGCUUUCUUUCUGGCCAAAUACGUGAUUGUCUUCCCCUAGACUGACUUGAGAAUGGCAGGUACAGGUUUGCAAACUUAAACCAGCAAAGGAUUCCCAAGGACUUUAUUUAAAAUGCAGAUUCCUACACCCCAGCUGCAGACACUCUGAUUAAGUAGGACUGGGGUGGGCCCAAGAGGCUGCAUUCUUAACUGGCACCACAGGUGGUUCUGAUGCCAGUCAUCCAGAGGUCACACACCUCAAAAGCGUAAUAAUAGGAAAAGAUGGUCCGCUAAAACUCCAGGGCCCCAUGUACCCCUGCUAGAAAGUUAGAAUUACCCUCCUUUCUGGGGUUCUUUUGGCAGGUUGAAUAAUCCCCAUAGGAUCUGUGGCAUUGCUCCAUCCAGUGACUACUACUUAGAACUAUACUUAGUGCUUCUUAGGCAGCCUUUAACCAGUAGGCAAGAUAACAGUGUUAAUAGAUCGUUUAUCUUUAUGGAUUGUGCUUAAUACCGAUUUAGUACAUGGACUUGAAAAACUCUGACAUCUGUCGCCUGUGAUAACCACUUCUGUAUUAUGUCCUAACCACUUCUGUAUUGUGUUUUAAAUGCCUAAGAAGGCAUCAGACAAUGAGCUUUUCCCCCCCUUAGGGUGGAUAUCAAUUCAAUUCAAUAUUUAUGAGGCAUUUACUAUGUGUUAAGCCUUUGGAGGGUGAAACUACAAAGACAAGACGUGGUUCCUGCCCUCCAACAGGGAGAGACACACUACCCAGGAAUACUCUGGCAGGGCAGGCUGAGAUAGUGUGAACAGCGAUGUGUUAUGGGGGCCUUGCUAAAGGUUGGGCCCUGAACUCCAAGGGAUAUUCCGAAUUGGAGGUGGUUUGGUCCCCACUCACAGAUGGGUGGCAAAUCUACCUAGGAUUCAAGCACAGCAUAGCAAGUAAGGCCAUCACGGGAACCUCUGAUGGUUCAUUAGAAAGAGAAUGAAUGGUAGGGCCAGCACUGACUGGAAAGGAGGGCUGCUUCGGUGUGCAGAAGAAUUAAGGGGUAAGUCACUUUUCAAGGUCAAGCUCCAAGCCCAUAAGAACGAAACACAGAGGGGCAAUUAAAAUCAGGUUUUGCUACUGUUCAGAAAUUCCUCAUUUCCCAAGUGAUUUUUCUGUGGCUGGGGGUAAGAGCAGAGUAGAUGAAGAAUAAGUGAGCAGGGCGUCUAUUCAAAUGUGUCAAACCCAGAUAAUUGGCAAUAAUUUCGGCAUAGUAUGUGCUCCCAACCUUACUGUCUUCUUCCUUCCCUUUUUUGUUAUGGGCCUUUUAGCCUUGGGGCAGCCAGCUUUCUUGAGAUGAGUGGAUAAAAGUACAUUGUAAUAUCAGGUUCACUGCAGAUCAUGGGGACAGUGACACUCAGGAACUGCUGCUAGGGCCUGGGCAGCUCCCUUGCCUUCAGGUUUGGGACAUCAUCCUAUGAAGCUGAGCUAUAAGAGGGCUGAGCAGAAAGUUCUAUGGUGGUUUCCUGAGUGGCAGUGGGCAUAGGUCACUGGAGCAGUCUGGAAGAAAGCUGAUGCGGUGCACCAUCUCCAGAGUUCUGAGUCUGUCUUGGGCUAGCUCCUCUCAGUCUUUGUCUCCAGGUGCAAAUGGACCAUUUGUUGGUGGCAGUAAGCAGCAGUGACUGUUAGGAUGGGGACAGGGAACAUCAAGUUUCCACCGUAGCCCUGAUUCUUUGAUUUUUACCCCUGGCUCUGACCUCCCCAAGCCCUCUUAAGUGCUCCAAGAAAUGUUAAGUAUCACGUUCAUCUCCUUCCUAGCAGCCAGUACCUAAAGCAGGUCCCAGACUUGGGUUUACGCUUCAGUUCUUCUCUGGUCUUCCUCUUCCUUUGCCCCCACUCUGUUCCCCUCUUCUAAAGGCUGGGAUUCUGGGUUCCCUGAUUAGACAUUAGAACAAGUUCUUUGCAAACUGGUGCCUUUGAAGAUGGGAGCCCCCCGACUCAUCCCAAGAAGCUACAGGUCUGAUGAUGCCAUCACACUAAGCUUCAGAUUAUGCGGGAGGUGGAGGGGAGUUUGCAGCAUGGAACUGAACACUGGGUAGGGAAAGAAGGACUGACAUCUCCAUUGCUUUUCUAGUGGAAAGCAGCCAGCUUGAUGGUGCUGUGUGGAUACAUGACGACCAUCAGGGUAGCGAUGGGGAAUCCGCCCUGCAGCCUUGUGAAUUCCAAAUGUGAUCAGUCCAGCACUGGCUGAUAGGCAAAAAAAGUUACGUGUGUAUUGCUCUGAGAUCUGUGUAAAUGAAGUCAACUUAGAAUAUAUUCUAUGUGGAUGCUUACAUUUUAUUAACUUUGUGACUAAUAUGGCAUGUCUUAUUUGUUCAAAAAAUGUGUGUGGUAGGUGCAAAUAACAUUAUGAA